AUGUUUUGUGUGAAACGUUGUGGUGAAGACAUCUCUCUGGAAAAGGAGGAGAAAAAGAUCAACAAAUUAAUUGAUGAGACACUCAAAAGGGACAGAAAGGCCGCCCGACGUGAACUCAAACUCCUGUUGUUGGGAACGGGAGAGUCCGGUAAAAGUACUUUUGUUAAACAAAUGCGAAUCAUUCAUAACAGCGAUUACACAGAGUCUGAGAGAAAAAGUUAUAUUCAAUACGUUUAUCACAACAUUAUUAUCGCAAUUCAGUCUAUCAUUAAAGCCAUGAAUGACUUAAAUAUUAAGUAUGAAAACCAUGACAACCGCACUAAUGCUGAGCUUUUAGAGACUAUUUAUGUGGACUACAAGGUGUACCACUUGACACAACUGAUCGCACCGGUAGUAUCGGCUGUUAAACAACUAUGGGAUGACUCUGGAGUGCAAAAGUGUUAUAACCGUCGAAAUGAGUACCAAUUGAGUGAUUCUGCAAAGUAUUACUUCGAAGACAUCGAUAGACUAUCGGCGCCCACCUAUACGCCCACUCGAGAGGAUAUACUGAGGGUUCGCAUACCGACUACAGGUAUCAAUGAAUACACGUUUGAGUUAAGUUCUGUGCUCUUUCGUGUGGUGGACGUCGGGGGCCAGAGGUCUGAACGGCGGAAAUGGAUCCACUGCUUCGAGAACGUGACGUCCAUUAUCUUCUUGGCGGCGCUCAAUGAAUACGAUCAGACAUUAUUUGAGUGCAACCAUAACCACCACUAUAUGCAGAAUCGUAUGGAGGAAUCGCAGGCCCUCUUCCACACCAUAAUCACCUGCAAGUGGUUUAUGGACUCGUCUUUCAUACUAUUCCUCAACAAAACCGAUUUGUUUUCAGAGAAGAUAGUGUUGUCACAUCUCGUCGACUACUUUCCCGAAUACGACGGCCCCGUGAAGGAGGCCCUCCCGGCGCGCGACUUUGUACUCAAAAUGUAUUUGUCGUUAAAGCCAUUCCCCGAAAAAGAUAUUUUCAGUCACUUUACGUGUGUAACCGAUACGGAAAACACGAGAUUUAUAAUAGAGUCCGUCAAACAUACUAUACUUCAACACAUCUCUCUGGAAAAGGAGGAGAAAAAGAUCAACAAAUUAAUUGAUGAGACACUCAAAAGGGACAGAAAGGCCGCCCGACGUGAACUCAAAUUACUGUUGUUGGGAACGGGAGAGUCCGGUAAAAGUACUUUCGUUAAACAAAUGCGAAUCAUUCAUAACAGCGAUUACACAGAGUCUGAGAGAAAAAGUUAUAUUCAAUACGUUUAUCACAACAUUAUUAUCGCAAUUCAGUCUAUCAUUAAAGCCAUGAAUGACUUGAAUAUUAAGUAUGAAAACGAUGACAACCGCACAAAUGCUGAGCUUUUAGAGACAAUUUAUGUCGACUACAAGGUGUACCACUUGACACAACUGAGCGCACCGGUAGUAUCGGCUGUUAAACAACUAUGGGAUGACUCUGGAGUGCAAAAGUGUUAUAACCGUCGAAAUGAGUACCAAUUGAGUGAUUCUGCAAAGUAUUACUUCGAAGACAUCGAUAGACUAUCGGCGCCCACCUAUACGCCCACUCGAGAGGAUAUACUGAGAGUUCGCAUACCGACUACAGGUAUCAAUGAAUAUACCUUUGAGUUAAGUUCUGUGCGCUUCCGUGUGGUGGACGUCGGGGGCCAGAGGUCUGAGCGGCGGAAAUGGAUCCACUGCUUCGAGAACGUGACGUCCAUUAUCUUCUUGGCGGCGCUCAAUGAAUACGAUCAGACAUUAUUCGAGUGCAACCAUAACCACCACUAUAUGCAGAAUCGUAUGGAGGAAUCGCAGGCCCUCUUCCACACCAUAGUCACCUGCAAGUGGUUUAUGGACUCGUCUUUCAUACUAUUCCUCAACAAAACCGAUUUGUUUGAGGAGAAGAUAGUGUUGUCACAUCUCGUCGACUACUUUCCUGAAUACGACGGCCCCGUGAAGGAGGCCCUCCCGGCGCGCGACUUUGUACUCAAAAUGUAUUUGUCGUUAAACCCAUUCCCCGAUAAAUAUAUUUUCAGUCACUUUACGUGUGUAACCGAUACGGAAAACAUGAGAUUUAUAAUAGAGUCCGUCAAACAUACUAUACUUCAACGUCAUAUUAUCGACUUCAAUAUGGCUUAA